UAAAUUUGUAUAUCUUAUAGGGCAUCUUCCAUUAUACUCUUCUCUAAAAUUGUUAGCUAUUCUUGCCAUCCGGGCAAUUAUAUUCAUUUUCACAACAACCUUCAGAUUAAGCAAUUGUCCAAGGUCCAAAAAUCAGUAAGAGGGACUUGAAACCCAGGUCUGUCCGAGGCCAAAGCUCUUUUCAUUACUUCCUGAGGUCCUGCCAAAGGGGUGGUUUUCUAGGCAUGGAGAAGCAGAGGUCAGAGAAUCAAGUGUGGUGAGAGAGAGAAGAGCAGUGAAAGAAGAAAGGCAGGUGUCAGCUUGGUGUGGGUUUGGUCUCUGGGAUAUAGACUUUGCCAGCCAAAGGAUGGAGCUUGAACUUAGCUGGCAGAACUGGAAACAGAAGAUUGUAAGGAAAGGGACUGAGUUCAGAGUUUCUUCUCCAGGACGGAUCACCCACAGCUGCCCAAGGGCAGGUGCUUGUCAUUUUCUGGCUGAGCAGAGCAGUGUGGCCCAAGGCUGAAAGGGGAACCUGCGGCUGCUUUUGUGCAGGGGUGGUGGUGAUGAGGGUGAUGUGGGGGGCUGGAAGGCAUGGAAGGGAAAGGAUCGGAGGGCUGACUACCUGGAACCCAGGACAGAUCCCACCCCAGAAAGGCGCAGUAGGGGCUCUCAUCCUCCACUAGCCCGCCCCUCCCUGCCUAAUUAAGGACCCUAAUCAGCUUGGGGAGAUUAAGGGCUCUGGCCGGCUGUAUCCACGCCCCCGCCCUGGCCUGGGCUGGCAAGGAAGACCUGUGGGCGGGCGUCAAAAGGGGGACCGGCCCUGUGACCCCUCACCGGGGCCGUGGGCCCGAGCCCCGGACUUCCCGGUAAGUGUCAGAGGCCCCUCCGCGGGGAUAGGGUCGGUCUGAGGGCGCGGGCGAGUCCCUGCUGACCCCUGACGCCUCCAACGGGGGGAGGGGCAAGCCGGAUGGGAGCGGGAAGCCAGGGCGGCAGAAGGGGGCUUCGGGGCGGUGUCCUUGGCCCCAGUUAGUCUUCCCAGCCUCCGGAGGGGGCGGUAGCAGCAGAAUCAUCCCAUGGGUUACUCGGGCUUGGAGAAACUCUGGGUUACGGGGAGAACCCUGAAGGAGGCCGGGGGUCUCAGUCGCUCAGCCUUCUCCGUCUGUGUUCGCAGAAGCCGGCAAUGACCGCCUGCGCCCGCCGAGCGGGUGGGCUUCCGGACCCCAGGCUCUGCGGCCCCGUGCGGUGGGCUCCGGCCCUGCCCCGCCUCCCCCGGGCCCUGCCCCGGCUCCCGCUCCUGCUGCUCCUGCUCCUGCUGCAGCCCCCCGCCCUCUCCGCGGUGUUCACGGUGGGGGUCCUGGGCCCCUGGGCUUGCGACCCCAUCUUCUCCCGGGCCCGCGCGGACCUGGCCGCCCGCCUGGCCGCCGCCCGCCUGAACCGCGACCCCGACCUGGCCGGCGGCCCCCGCUUCGAGGUCGCGCUGCUGCCCGAGCCCUGCCGGACGCCGGGCUCGCUGGGGGCCGUGUCCUCCGCGCUGGCCCGCGUGUCGGGUCUCGUGGGUCCGGUGAACCCUGCGGCCUGCCGGCCGGCCGAGCUGCUCGCCGAAGAAGCCGGGAUCGCGCUGGUGCCCUGGGGCUGCCCCGGGACGCAGGCGGCGGGCACCACAGCCCCUGCCGUGACCCCCGCCGCGGACGCCCUCUACGCCCUGCUUCGCGCAUUCGGCUGGGCGCGCGUGGCCCUGGUCACCGCCCCCCAGGACCUGUGGGUGGAGGCGGGACACUCACUGUCCACGGCACUCAGGGCCCGGGGCCUGCCCGUCACCUCCGUGACUUCCAUGGAGCCCUUGGACCUGUCUGGAGCCCGGGAGGCCCUGAGGAAAGUUCGGGACGGGCCCAGGGUCACAGCAGUGAUCAUGGUGAUGCACUCGGUGCUGCUGGGCGGCGAGGAGCAGCGCUACCUCCUGGAGGCCGCGGAGGAACUGGGCCUGACCGAUGGCUCCCUGGUCUUCCUGCCCUUCGACACAAUCCACUACGCCUUGUCCCCAGGCCCGGAGGCCUUAGCUGCACUCGCCAACAGCUCCCAGCUUCGCAGGGCCCAUGAUGCCGUGCUCACCCUCACGCGCCACUGUCCCUCUGAAGGCAGCGUGUUGGACAGCCUGCGCCGGGCCCAAGAGCGCCGCGAGCUGCCCUCUGACCUCAAUCUGCAGCAGGUCUCCCCACUCUUUGGCACCAUCUACGACGCAGUCUUCUUGCUGGCGAGGGGCGUGGCAGAAGCGCGGGCUGCCGCGGGUGGCAGAUGGGUGUCCGGAGCAGCUGUGGCCCGCCACGUCUGGGAUGCGCAGGUCCCUGGCUUCUGCGGGGACCUAGGAGGAGACGAGGAGCCUCCAUUCGUGCUGCUAGACACGGACGCGGUGGGAGACCGGCUUUUUGCCACAUACAUGCUGGAUCCUACCCGGGGCUCCCUUCUCUCCGCGGGGACCCCGAUGCACUUCCCGCGUGGGGGAUCAGCACCCGGACCUGACCCCUCGUGCUGGUUCGAUCCAAACAACAUCUGCGGUGGAGGACUGGAGCCGGGCCUCGUCUUUCUUGGCUUCCUCCUGGUGGUUGGAAUGGGGCUGGCUGGGGCCUUCCUGGCCCAUUAUGUGAGGCACCAGCUACUUCACAUUCAAAUGGUCUCCGGUCCCAACAAGAUCAUCCUGACUGUGGACGACAUCACCUUUCUCCACCCACAUGGGGGCACCUCUCGAAAGGUGGCCCAGGGGAGUCGAUCAAGUCUGGCUGCCCGCAGUAUGUCAGACGUUCGCAGUGGCCCCAGCCAACCCACGGACAGCCCCAACGUUGGCGUCUAUGAGGGAGACAGGGUUUGGCUGAAGAAAUUCCCAGGGGAUCAGCACAUAGCUAUCCGCCCAGCAACCAAGACGGCCUUCUCCAAGCUCCAGGAGCUCCGGCACGAGAACGUGGCCCUCUACCUGGGGCUCUUCCUGGCUCGGGGAGCAGAAGGCCCUGCGGCCCUCUGGGAGGGCAACCUGGCUGUGGUCUCAGAGCACUGCACGCGGGGCUCCCUCCAGGACCUCCUCGCUCAGAGGGAAAUAAAGCUGGACUGGAUGUUCAAGUCCUCCCUCCUGCUGGACCUGAUCAAGGGAAUAAGGUAUCUGCACCAUCGAGGCGUCGCUCAUGGGCGGCUGAAGUCACGGAACUGCAUAGUGGAUGGCAGAUUCGUACUCAAGAUCACGGACCACGGCCACGGGAGACUGCUGGAAGCACAGAAGGUGCCACCGGAGCCUCCCAGAGCAGAGGACCAGCUGUGGACAGCCCCGGAGCUGCUUAGGGACCCGGCCCUGGAACGCCGGGGAACGCUGGCUGGUGACGUCUUUAGCUUGGCCAUCAUCAUGCAAGAAGUGGUGUGCCGCAGUGCCCCUUACGCCAUGCUGGAGCUCACUCCCGAGGAAGUGGUGCAGAGGGUGCGGAGCCCCCCUCCACUGUGUCGACCCUUGGUGUCCAUGGACCAGGCACCUGUCGAGUGUAUCCACCUGAUGAAGCAGUGCUGGGCAGAGCAGCCGGAACUUCGGCCCUCCAUGGACCACACUUUCGACCUGUUCAAGAACAUCAACAAGGGUCGGAAGACGAACAUCAUUGACUCGAUGCUUCGGAUGCUGGAGCAGUACUCCAGUAACCUGGAGGAUCUGAUCCGGGAGCGCACAGAGGAGCUGGAGCUGGAAAAGCAGAAGACAGACCGGCUGCUUACACAGAUGCUGCCUCCGUCUGUGGCUGAGGCCUUGAAGACGGGGACACCAGUGGAGCCCGAAUACUUUGAGCAAGUGACACUGUACUUCAGUGACAUUGUGGGCUUCACCACCAUCUCUGCCAUGAGUGAGCCCAUUGAGGUGGUGGACCUGCUCAACGACCUCUACACGCUGUUUGAUGCCAUCAUUGGUUCCCACGAUGUCUACAAGGUGGAGACAAUAGGGGACGCCUAUAUGGUGGCCUCGGGGCUGCCCCAGAGGAAUGGGCAGCGACACGCGGCAGAGAUCGCCAACAUGUCGCUGGACAUCCUCAGUGCUGUGGGCACUUUCCGCAUGCGCCAUAUGCCUGAGGUUCCCGUGCGCAUUCGCAUAGGCCUGCACUCAGGUCCAUGCGUGGCAGGCGUGGUGGGCCUCACCAUGCCGCGGUACUGCCUGUUUGGGGACACGGUCAACACCGCCUCACGCAUGGAGUCCACCGGGCUGCCUUACCGCAUCCACGUGAACUUGAGCACCGUGGGGAUUCUCCGUGCUCUGGACUCGGGCUACCAGGUGGAGCUGCGAGGCCGCACGGAGCUGAAGGGCAAGGGCGCCGAGGACACUUUCUGGCUAGUGGGCAGACGCGGCUUCAACAAGCCCAUCCCCAAACCGCCUGACCUGCAACCGGGCUCCAGCAACCACGGCAUCAGCCUGCAGGAGAUCCCACCCGAGCGGCGACGGAAGCUGGAGAAGGCGCGGCCGGGCCAGUUCUCUUGAGAAGUGAGGCCCGUCCUGGACAGGUGCUGCCCCCUCCGCCCCCACCCCAGCUGCCGCGUCUCCUCUGCUGCCUGCAGAACGUCCCACCCAAGCCAGGUGUCCCAAUCCCUUUCUGACUUAAGAGAGCCGAGGCUGGUUCCUAAACCCCAGGGCUUCCCCUGGCAGGCAAGCAACCGCUGUAGAAAUUUUGCCUCAGUAGGUCUGGAGUGGUCUGGGAAUCCAGGCUUAGGAAACUCUAUAAUUGGGGCCUUCUGUGACCCCUUCCCUGGCCCUAUCUCAUCCCCAUCACAUAAACCUGGCUUCCCCAGAAGCCUCACAGGCUGUGCGUUGCACAGGAGACAACUCUAGGGGGCAGCAGUCACCAGAGGACAAUGUGAAAGCAGAAGCCCUGCUCACUCCCCUCCUGCAAGAAACUGACCCGUGACCCGCUCCUUCCUAGGUGAACCCCAUGACCCCUUUCCUCAACUUCCCUCUGAGAUACCUUUCUUUUCUUCAGGAUUGUUCUGGAAGGUCCUUUUUCUGAAAGUUGCUGCUAUAGGUGACUGGAAGUCUGGCUAAUGCUGGUGGACUCUGCCCAGCUCUGCCUCAAAGGAUUUUGGGCCUUUAUAAGAGCUGGUUGCA